AUGAACUCAUCCGACCUAACAAAUGACUCUACUACUCUGCUCUUGGGUUUAAAAGUAACAUCGCGUAAUAGCAGUUAUGUAAUACCGGGUCUAUACGAUCUAAGUACGGAAGAUACUAAUUGGGUCUUGACUUCUUCUUUCAUUAUAUUCACAAUGCAAACUGGCUUCGGUAUGCUGGAAUCUGGUUGCGUUUCCCUCAAAAAUGAAGUCAAUAUUAUGAUGAAAAAUGUAAUUGAUAUUGUGCUGGGCGGUUUUACCUAUUGGCUCUUUGGUUAUGGUAUGAGCUAUGGACGUGGUCCUUUUUCGAAUUCUUUUAUAGGUAUUGGGGAUUUUUUAUUGGACCCUCCAGUCAAUGACCCUCUUAUGGGUCAAAUAUUUGCAGCUUUUCUAUUCCAAUUGUCAUUUGCUACAACGGCCACUACAAUAGUGAGUGGUGCUAUGGCGGAGCGAUGCAAUUUUAAAGCCUACUGUUUAUUUUCUUUUUUAAAUACCAUUAUCUAUUGCAUACCAUCCGGUUGGGUGUGGGGUGAGCACGGUUUUCUAAAUCAACUGGGUGCCGUAGAUAUUGCUGGCAGUGGUCCUGUACAUCUUAUCGGCGGUACGGCAGCUUUCGCUUCAGCUUACAUGUUGGGUCCACGUAUAGGACGCUAUUCUGAUGGUUAUGAUCCUUUGCCUUUGGGGAAUCCAGUCAACGCUUGUAUGGGUCUAUUCGUUUUAUGGUGGGGCUGGCUGGCUUUUAAUUCCGGUAGCACUUAUGGUGUUAGUGGGGCGAAGUGGCAAUAUGCUGCGCGAGCUGCCGUCAUGACUAUGAUGGGAUCUUUCGGUGGAGGUAUCAUUAGUUGUGGUUACUCUCUCUGGCGUCUUAACGGUCGAAUGGACAUUAUGGACUUGAUUAAUGGCAUAUUAGGCUCUUUAGUCUCUAUAACAGCUGGAUGUUUUUUAUACAGAGCUUGGGAGGCUUUAGUAAUUGGCUCAAUCGGUGCUCUCUUGUGCGUUUUAACUAUGCCGCUGUUUGACCGUUUACACGUCGAUGAUCCCGUUGGAGCGAGUUCAGUCCAUGGCAUAUGCGGUGUUUGGGGAGUUAUUGCCGUCGGUCUUUUUGCCGACAAUCCGGUACCCUUGGACACUACUAAUGGACGUUCCGGCCUUUUUAAAGGAGGUGAUUGGUAUCUCCUGGCCAUACAAACUUUAUCGGCUUUCUGCCUUACGUGUUGGGGCAUAGGUUCAACGUUACUACUACUGUAUUUUGUAAAUAAAAUUGUACCUAUACGCAUGGAUGCCAAUGAAGAAUUAUUGGGUGCCGAUUUGAUGGAACAUCGUAUACGACAUUCACAAAUUGGCCUGUCCCGAGCAAUAUCAGCGCUAGCACCUAUUAAAAUCGAUCUGGACAAAAUAGCUGGAAUACAACCAAUUGGCUUAAAUCCGGGUCACGAGAAAUCAUUAGCUCAAUUACGGGCUGCUGAUGACAAGCUACAGCAGUGGCAAAUCUAUUUGAAUCAAACUGAGAGAACAAGUGAGUUGCGUAAAAAAAGUGUAGGGAGUAUUUUCAGGAGGAAUAGCAAAACUAUACAAAUUACGGAAAGAAAUGAGACAAAUGCGUUUAAAGAUCCUUACAAAGGUAAGAAUAAUGAUUCUUCAACAACUACGCCUUCUCGUUUUACGGAACCAGAUUCUAGUUUUGUUUGGUUAGACUGAAGAAAACCUAUAUGGUAAAUAUUUAAG